UUGUCUUGUACGCCAUUUGUUAAAAAUUUCUACACCAGCAAAAAUACUGCCGAGCGCAGAAAUUUGUAAAUUUGAUUGAAAAAACUCAGCUCAGGAUUCUUUACCGCUUAAAGUGGCAAUUGUUUUACUUCUUUAGUUGUAUGGGCUUUUAAGGUUUGUAUUGCUGGACGCUCAGUUGGACCAGGGAAGAAGGUAAAAGACAAAAUGACACAAUACCUACCGCCAAACUUGUUGGCAUUGUUUGCCGCUCGCGAUCCAAUACCAUUUAUGCCCCCAGUGGAUAAAUUGCCACAUGAAAAGAAGUCUCGCGGUUACCUUGGUAUAGGUGGUUUUCUUGGUGAGUUUGAAGAUCCAAAAGACACCCCACCGGCAAAGCGAGUAGAGACUCGUCAAGAACGCUUAGAACGCCGGCGUAGGGAGAAAGCUGAGCAAGUCGCUUACAAAUUAGAGCGAGAGAUUGCAUUGUGGGAUCCGCAAGAAAUUAAAAACUCAACUGAAGAUCCCUUUCGCACUUUGUUUAUUGCUCGUAUAAAUUAUGACACUUCUGAAUCAAAGUUGAGACGUGAGUUUGAAAUUUAUGGAGCCAUCAAGAAAAUAGUUAUGAUAACAGACCAGGAAACGGGUAAGCCCAAAGGUUAUGCAUUCAUCGAAUAUGAACAUGAAAGAGAUAUGCAUGCUGCUUACAAGCACGCAGAUGGUAAGAAAAUCGACGGUAAACGUGUUUUGGUUGAUGUUGAACGUGCACGCACUGUAAAAGGAUGGCUACCACGACGCUUGGGUGGUGGCUUAGGAGGAACUCGCAGAGGUGGUAAUGAUGUCAACAUCAAGCAUUCUGGUAGGGAGGACAAUGAAAGAGAACGUGAACGUUAUCGACUCGAACGGGAGCGCGAAGAUCGCGAAAGCGCACGACUUGUAGAACGUAAUCGUUUCGGAGGUGGUGAGACUGUACGGCGACGUUCGCGUUCUCGAGAACGAGUCCGAGAGCGUGAAAGGGAACGUUCUAGACGUUCGCGAAGCAAAUCACGUGAGCGGAGGAGACGACGAGGUGGAAGUCGUGAACGUGAAUAUGACGAGUUCGAAAAACGCGAUAGACGUGAAAAAGAACGUGAACGGGAUCGUGAGCGUGAACGUGAAAGGGAUAAGAAGAAGAGGCGCUCUAAAUCCCGAGAGCGUGAUUCAUCCAGGGAGAGACGUGAUAAGAAACGAGAUCGUGAUCGUCGUGACAAGGAGCGCGAUCGCGGGGAUCGCGAUAUUAAAGAGCGCAAACCUGACUUCCGUGAUAUUGAUAUAAAGAUCAAGGAAGAACCUAUAGACGACGGUUAUCCAACUUAUCCCAUGAAUUCCUAUCAAACAGCUGGAAUAAAACGAGAGGACGACGAAGAGCAUGAAGAGAAAUUCCGGCCACCGCAAGACAUGUUCAGCGUUCCUCCUCCUCCAAUACCUGGACGUGGUGCUAAUGAAAAUGGACAGAAUCCUAAUGAUAAUCAACAAUCUUGGUGGCGUUAAGGUUCAUUUGUAUACUACAAACUGGAUAGUAUACUUUUUGUCUCACUUUCCAUAUUUUACAACUACUUUCGUUUUAGCGUUUGAACCUAUGUCAAUACGAGAUUUUCAAAAUAUAUUAAAAGUAUCGACUGACGUUUAAUUGUCCUUCGACUUAUUCCCUUUAGUAAAACGGUAUCCUCAUCUUUAAAUUAUAUAGACAUAGUCCAAACGCUAAAGUUGUAAUAGUUUUAAUUUAUUAGAGCAAACAACAUUUGAAAUUCAACUGCGUAUUUUUAAACAAGUUUGGUCUUGAAUCCGCGUCAGACUAUAAAGCAAUGCAAACGUUGAUUUUCGGUUGGAAGUUUUGAAAACAUUCUGUUUAAUUUGAAAAAUAUACUUUUUAUUUAAUCAGAAACGUGUUUUUAACUAGGUAAAAAUUAUCUAAUGUAAUUGUAUAAUUAGAGGCAUUCUGUAAAAAGAAAGUUUAAUUUCAAAUUUAAAAGUUACUUUGUAAAUGUAAUCAGAAAUGGUCUUUGUAUUGAAUUUAAAAUUUUGUUUGACUCUUUUAACUGUAAUAAUAUAUAUAUAAUAAUAAUACCUUUGAUUAUUAUUAUUAUAUAAAUGUGGUAUAUAUAUAUAUAUACAUUAAUAUGUAGUUCAAACAUAUAUAACGAAAUAAUCGCAACCGUAAUGUAAGGAAGAACAACCAAAAUGCAAAGAGUAAGUAAAAAAAAUAAUUGGAGACUAUAUUGUUUUUACUUGCGGCAACGCGUAUCCAAUUGUUUUGGGAUUCCACACUUGAGAGAAAUCAUACAGAGCCAAAAGCAGUCUGCAAAUCAGAGCCUGAACUGUGGUCGUAUGCGGCAGAAAGGUGCAGAGGCAAAUAAAAAAUACCCGGCUGUGUUGGUGUACAUAGAAUAUGGAGUUAGUGAGUAAUUUGUACAGAGGUAGUCAGUCCCAUGAUGGUACAUGGGACAAGUGAUUCAAUCUUGUAUUGAUUAAUUAUGGUACUUAAGGCUCAGCUCUUUCUUUUAUACGUACCCACUUCCCACAUUCUUUAAAACUUAUGUUCAAUCAGUAAUCGCAUUGAAAAUAACUCGUCAAUUUUAAUUCUCUUUUCUCUUUUUCCAGUUUGAGUACUCUAUAUUCAAAACUAAGAAUUUUUAAGCUAAUGCUUUGCGCAUUACGGGGAAGGUAUGCAUUUCAUUGAAAAAUAACGGGUAAAAAAAUUUAUAUGACGUAAAUUCUCACAAUUACAUAACAAAACUUGAAUGAACAUUGCGACGGCAAAGGUAAUGUUUUAAGUAUGCAAGAAAUACUAAUGAUUUUCCCAUUCUAGGGGAUCGAACGUACACCUUGCCCACUGACUCCCCAAGUUUGUGUAUCGGAAGCGGUUAGCACAAUUAGUGAUACUAUGUAGGUAUGCUCGAAUGUAAGUUAAUCUAAUUCAAGGUGGAAUGAUUGUCUCAGUAAGUGGUUGUGUUUACGAUUUCUGUCACUUCAUGUGCUCAAACUGCUGUUGGUUAAGAAAGGGAUUUGCUAAAGCUUGAUAGAGAUCAACAAACUUUCCAGCAAAUUGGAGUAUUCAAAACGAUAAUUUUUUGGUUAAUUGUAGCAUUCAUGUUUUUUUUUAUUUAAUUUAAUUUAAUAUUAUUUAAUUUUUUUGGUUUUUGAAAAGUAAUCCAUGUUUAAUAGUAAAAACAAAAUUUGAUGUUGUCUUCCAAGAUUUCAUUUUCGCGACCUUUAGUAAAUACUUGAUUGUAGCAUAUAUCGUUUUCUAAAUGUGAACAGUUCUACACAGUUGCACUGAGCCUUAUCUGGUUGUAACAUGAAAUAAUAUUUCAAUAACUUUGUUGGUCACUGCAGGCAAGACGCGUGUGGUAAGGCGAUGAGUAAUAAAAAAAAUGUCGCGUUGGUAAGCGCGUAUGAUAAUUUGUGUGCUCAGCGAAUCUGCUCAUGGAUUUGGUUAACCGUAACGGUUUUCAGGCUCGAAAGUAUGCCUGUUUAUAAAUAUCGUAACCGAAUAUUUGUGAUUGAUUUUUGCAAUUAGUUUUGGCUGUGUGGAUCCUUGCCGUUGUUUCGUUUGUAAGAUAUUUGCAAUGUUCUUAAGAGCCCAACAUGUGAUAGAAAUUUUAAUUAGUCAUCACUCAAGAUAUUGACAUUGAAGGUCAUAAAAAUUUAAAGGUGCUCUGCCUUUACAAUAUCAGCUUUGCACCUGACUUGAAGUAUUAAUUACUUGAGUGGCUCGACUAUACAUGAACUAACAUUGCUGCACACUUCAGGUCAUGGUUAUAUAUCAAAAAAAUAUAGUGCCAAGAAGUUGGUUAUAUUUUGAGGUCUCAGCAUUUUUCGUCGAUUAAUCACGGUCAACUUUUCGUGUACAAAGGUCGAAAGAGUACGUUGAAAACUAAAUUUGCUAGCGAACUAAAUAUUCAACAAGGAUUCGUUUAUUUUUCGUAAGUCCUUACUACCUACUUUUAGUAUCGGAUAUUUAAAACAUCCAUUGUGCAUUAUUUAAAAGCAUCUACUUAAAAAAUAUAAUUUUUCGAACGUACAAA